AUGGAUGCCAAAGAGGCGACCACACUUAACAUCACUGGACUAAAAUAUAAAUUAAGCAAAGACGCGGCCAAAAAAUUACCAAAUCUCAAAGUCACGUCUGAUGUAACAGAGUACAGUUUUGAGCGACCUAGGCAAUCUUUUGAGGCCGUUUACAACUACUGUUUGGUCGGUAAGCUUCAUAUUCCACCGACUGUCUGUAUCGGAGAGUUCCUGGAAGAACUGGAAUUCUGGGGAAUUGAUGUAAAGGAUUUGGAAAAAUGUUGCCACCACAGGUAUGUGUUGUUUAUGCGCGAGCAAGAGAAUCUGAGAGGGUUCCUACGGUGUACUGAAGCGGAAAUUGUCCACUAUGAAGAAGUUGAGAAAAAUGUAACCAACAACCUUAAGAACAGGAUGUGGAGGAUUAUCGACAAUCAAAAUAAUGACAUUAAAACAAAGGCGUACUUUGUCUUGUCCACCGCCGUCAUCUUACUGGCAAUCUUCGGAGUGGCGUUCAGUACGGUUUCUAUCACCAAUCAGGGAGGUAGCACAGAUAGUCAUUUCUCAACUAAAAGCAGCACAGAAUAUACAACAGCGGUGUAUAAUUCUACAGAUGGCGCAUGGAUUAACGAGUCACUACGAAACGACUCGCAGACAUAUACAGGAGGAGGGAAAAUAUUUUCCAAUGCAGCGCGUGACAAAGUUUUAACUACAAAGAACAGCAGUCCUGAAACUCGUUGGUUCCUUUACAUUGAGCACUUUACAAAUGCAUUCUUCACUGUGGAGUUGAUCCUUCGUCUUGUAUGUUGUCCUUCUCUUCGUCGUUAUUUUCAAGGAUAUCUGAAUUGGCUGGAUAUUAUCGUCCUUGUUGCAAGUUAUGGACGGUACAUCGUCCUAGUUGCUGACAUGACGGAUUCUUCCACGGACGCCGAUCCACUGCUGUAUCUCCAAAUGUUUCGAGUUCUGCGUCUGCUCCGAAUCAUUGAGAACGUUCCAGCUUUCAAGAUCCUUUGCUACUCAGUCCGAAUUGGUCGUAAAGAUCUAAUGACGAUGAUUUUGUUUCUUUUUAUGGGAAUGCUAUUGUUCUCUAACUUUCUCUACUUUGUGGAGAGCAAUGAAGAAUUCAACAGCAUCCCUGAUGCUUGGUGGUUCAGCAUCGUCACCAUGACUACGGUUGGCUUUGGCGACAUGGUCCCAAGGACUUCCGUCGGACGGGUUAUCGGUGCCCUGUGUGCACUAUCCGGAGUCUUGUUUAUCUCGCUGACCAUUCCUAUUUUUGUCAACACAUUCCAGUCUCUGUAUCUGUACGCCUCAUUCAACAGUAAAAGACUGCAGAAACAAUAGUAGAGUCCAGAAAUAUAACAGUGACUUCUUUCUGUUGUAAUACAUGUAGUAUGUUAAAUCCUUAUUUAAUUGUAAUUAGACGGGUACAUAAAUGUAGAUUGAAAAUCUUAAAAAAUCAUAGUAUUGUACUGGAGUGUUAUGAAAUGCUUGUCGACAUGGAAAUCUUACUAAACAGAUUGUU